AUGUCACGGGCAGCGGAGAGCAUCUUCAUGAGUGUAACUGUGGUGGAAUUCACAACAGGAAUUUCGGAGAAUGGACUGGUGAGGUCCCACCUGGAAACAGCAGGCUUCUUAAUCAGGAUGUUGGGGAAUGUGCUCAUUGCACCAGUAAAGUGCUCUGAGUGUGUCAAAAACCAAAAGGUCUCCUCUGCUGACUUCAUCCUCAGCUGCUUGGCUAUCUUGACAUUACUCUUUGAGUCAUGUGUAUUGGGACUAGAUUCACAUGUAUAGAAGACUACUUAUGUACUAGCAAAAUCUAUUGGUAUGAUUUGGAGACUAAUCACUUGACUACCUGCCUGCCUUUUCUCCUUUAAGGUAGCCGGCAUCUCCCACUCCUCUUUCUUCUGGCUGAGGUGGAGAAUGAACAGAGUGACUGCUGUUCAUGUUGUGCUUCUUAUAUUUUCUUUGUUCUUAGUAAUUUUCCAUUUUCCGUUGCUGGAAAUGUUUUCUGCUCCUUGAUUGAAUACCUCUACGACAGAUAAAAGUAAUCUGACUCUAUAUUUAGUUGAAAGCAAAACUCUCUGUGUUAAAAACAUGGCUUUUCUUAGCUUGAUGUAUUUCAUCCCCCUCAUUCUGUCCCUGACCUUAAUGGUCCUUUUAUUUCUACUCUCUGUGAGGCCCACUAGAAAUUCGGAGCUGAGCUCCCUGGACUCUAGAGACUCCAGCACAGAGGCCCCCGAAAGGACCAUGAAAAUGGUGAUGUCUUUCCUCUUCCUCUUCAUAGUUCACCCCCCCACACACACACAAGUAGCAAGGUGGAUAUUUUCUAUAUGUUGGAACAAGUAUAUAAAGUUUGUCAUGUUGACAUGUGUCUUUCUCUCAGGCCAUUCAUAUAUUCUGAUUCAUUCUGAUUCAAGCUUGAGGGUACUGUACCAUAUUAGGAGCCACAUGCAAAGAUCAAAUCCUUUACCUUUAGAGGCAGCAUUUCCAGGAUCCUUUAUGAGAAGAUAA